ACUUCCGUUCCGUUCAAACCUCCCGCGAGGCUGAGAGGGCGGUUGUUUGUUGGCGGCUGUGGCUAAGGUGGGGACAGCCUCUGCUCCCCACCCGGCUUCUCUUCUGCGUUUCCCAGGCUGGGGAGGGGGGAGUGGUUUUAGGAGGGGAAGCUGCUCGGCAGCACCUCCUUCUUUCUUUGCCAGGCAGACGCCCGUUGUAGCCGUUGGGGAACCGUUGGGAAUCCGGUAUCCGAUGCGGACGGUAAAGCCGUUUGAGUUAGAGCGGCGCGGGUGUCCAGUCCAUGGAACGGGGAGAUCGUUGGCACCUUUGCUUUUUUAGGGGGACGGGGAUAGUUCGGUAAACUGAAUUGAGAAGCGGAUCCGAGGGAAGUUGAAAGCCAUCAAGCCUGUGCAGCUCUCCGGCUAGGAGGCGGCACGCGGGGGAUAGGGGCGCUGGAGUUUCCCCAGCUCUAGUUGAUCUUUCUCCACAGCCAUGGAGCCAGAGAGGGAAGGGACCGAGAGACACCCCAGGAAGGUCAGGAAAAGGAGGCAGGCCCCAAACAAGCUGGUCGGGGCGGCUGAGGCGAUGAAAGCCAGUUGGGAUCUCGAGGAGAGUCAGCCCGAGGCCAAGAAAGCUCGCUUAUCUACCAUUUUAUUUACUGACAACUGUGAAGUAACCCAUGACCAGCUAUGUGAAUUGCUGAAGUAUGCAGUUCUGGGCAAAUCCAAUGUUCCAAAACCCAGCUGGUGCCAGCUUUUUCAUCAAAACCACCUAAACAACGUAGUGGUUUUUGUUCUGCAGGGAAUGAGUCAGCUACACUUUUACAGGUUCUAUUUGGAGUUGGGAUGUCUUCGAAAAGCAUUCAGACAUAAAUUCCGCUUGCCUCCACCAUCAUCUGAUUUUCUAGCUGAUAUUGUUGGGCUACAAACAAAACAAAGAGCUGGAGAUCUGCCCAAGACAAUGGAAGGGCCUUUACCUUCUAAUGCAAAAGCCACCGUCAACCUUCAGAAUGACCCCAUCAUUCAAAAGUAUGGCUCUAAGAAAGUGGGCUUGACCAGAUGCCUUCUGACAAAGGAGGAAAUGAGAACGUUUCACUUUCCAUUACAAGGUUUUCCUGAGUGUGAAAACUUUUUACUUACCAAAUGUAAUGGUUCCAUAGCAGACAAUAGUCCUCUCUUUGGACUUGACUGUGAAAUGUGCCUCACAUCUAAGGGGAGAGAGCUAACACGCAUCUCACUGGUUGCUGAAGGAGGCUGCUGUGUUAUGGAUGAACUGGUCAAACCUGAAAACAAGAUUCUGGACUACCUCACCAGCUUUUCAGGAAUCACGAAGAAGAUUCUUAACCCAGUGACAACCAAACUCAAAGAUGUACAGAGGCAGUUAAAAGCACUGCUUCCUCCUGAUGCUGUGUUAGUGGGCCACUCCUUAGAUUUGGAUCUCAGAGCACUGAAAAUGAUACAUCCAUAUGUUAUUGAUACAUCAUUGCUUUAUGUCAGAGAGCAGGGCAGAAGAUUUAAGCUGAAGUUCUUAGCCAAAGCUAUUUUGGGGAAGGAUAUACAGUGUCCAGACAGACUUGGUCAUGAUGCCACAGAAGAUGCUAGAAUAAUCCUUGAAUUGGCUCAAUAUUUCCUUAAGUAUGGCCCAAAAAAGAUUGCAGAACUAAAUCUAGAAGCACUAGCUAAUCACCAAGAAAUACAAGCAGCAGGCCAAGAGCCUAGAAACACAACAGAAGUACUUCAGCAUCCAAACACAAGUGUUUUAGAAUGCUUGGAUUCAGUGGGUCAGAAGCUUCUUUUUUUGACCCGGGAGAUAGAUGCUGGUGAACUUGCGUCUUCCAGAAACUGUCAAACUAUAAAGUGUAUUUCAAAUAAAGAGGUUCUUGAGCAGGCCAGAGUGGAAAUCCCCCUGUUUCCCUUCAGCAUUGUUCAGUUCUCUUUUAAGGCCUUUUCACCUAUCCUCACCGAGGAGAUGAACAAAAGGAUGAGGAUCAAGUGGACAGAGAUAUCAACUGUCUAUGCUGGGCCAUUUAGCAAAAAUUGCAAUCUCAGGGCUCUGAAGAGGCUAUUUAAGAGCUUUGGCCCAGUCCAGUCAAUGACUUUUGUUCUUGAAACCCAUCAGGUGCAGAGGCCUGUGACAGAGCUCACGCUUGACUGUGAGACCCUCGUGAAUGAGCUGGAAGGAGAUUCUGAAAACCAAGGCUCUAUAUAUCUGUUUGGAGUGAGUGAAACCUUCAAAGAACAGCUGUUGCAGGAGCCCCGCCUCUUUCUUGGCCUGGAAGCUGUGAUCUUGCCUAAAGAUCUUAAAAAUGGAAAGCAGAAAAAAUACUGUUUCCUAAAAUUCAAAAGUUUUGGCAGUGCCCAGCGUGCCCUCAACAUUCUCACGGGCAAGGACUGGAAGCUGAAAGGCAGGCAUGCUCUAACCCCCAGGCACCUUCAUGCCUGGCUCAGAGGCUUACCACCUGAAUCAAGAAGGCCCGCAGGACAUCGUGUUGUACCUCCCCCCUUUGAACAGGAGGCCUUGCAGACUCUGAAACUGGACCACCCAAAGAUAGCAGCCUGGCGCUGGGGCCGGAAGAUUGGAAAGCUCUACAGCAGCUUGUGCCCAGGCACUCUCUGCCUCAUCUUGCUGCCAGGAACCAAGAGCACUCAUGGUUCACUCUCUGGCCUAGGACUGAUGGGAAUAAAAGAGGAAGAAGAAAGCACCAUCUCAGGCCUGUGAUCAUGAGUCGGCCUGCCAUGUUUUCAUGUGCCAUUUCUUACCCCUUGUAGGCAGUGGCAAAGAAUGUGGUCAGGCUGUAGUCUCUCCAACCAGCAGACAGCUUUUGUGGAAACUUGGUGUAGCAUUUAAAAGAGUUUAAUUUGUUUAUAUGGCAUGUAUAAGUUUUCAAUAAAUACCUAAAGUUCAAGCAUAGUA